AUGGUAGCUUGGGCAGCUUUAGGCGCAAUGGGAACAAAAGCAUUAGCAUUUGGAGCAAAAGCACUUGGAGCUUAUGACGCAGUAAAUAAAAUGAGUGGAGGAAGGGUUUCGAAGACAUUAGAUGCAAAUAAAGGGAAGAUUGGAGGCUGGGUUGCAAAGAAGUUAAGAUUAAAUAAAAUAGGGCUCAUAAAUAAAGCAUCCAAUUUGGUUGCGACUGAGUCAGAAAAUGCUUUAGGAAAGGAUGAUGAGUUUGCAAAACAUGCAAAAGACUUUAAUGACCAGAUGAAAGGUGAAACAAUGCAUUUAAAUAGAGUCGAUGGAACUAAAGAAAAUGUUUCUUCUCCACCAGUAGUUCUUCCGUAUGGUCCCUAUGGAAUGUAUGGAAACCCUUACGAAAGACCAUUUGA